UGGGCAAGUUGGUUCGACGUCUGUAGUGUGUCAACCUGUCAACCUCGUUUGGGUCUUGUUUGUCUGUUUCCAAGCUGUCAAGCACUCUGUAAUUGUUCUACGUUUGGAUUUUGAGGCAUUAUCUGUCGUGUCCAGCCAGCAGAGGUAACGCCAUCGCCAUGUCUUACUUUACUCGCAGCAAGAGAGAUGCCAGCAGCAUCGCACCUACAAUGGCCGAAGAACCCCUCAAGAGGGUGAAGGUGGAAAAGAAACCGAAGAAGGACGACAUAGAGAAGGACGUGAAGAAGGAGAGAAUGGAACAGGAGAGAAAGGAGAGAAAGGAAAGAGAGAUGAAGCAGAAGAUCGAGAAGAUCGAGAAGAGGGAAAAGAAGGCAAAGAGAGAGAAGGAGAAGGAGAAGGAGAGGAAGGAGAAGAGGAUGAAGCGGGAGAAGAGGGAACUGGACAAGGAGAGGGAGAGACGGGAGAAGAAGGAGAGGAAAGCCAAGGAGAAGGAGAAGGAGAAGGAGAAGUCCAGCUCGUACUCGCUGUUUGGCGAAGACUCACCUUUGGAAAACAUCAACAACUUCCAGCUCUUGCCGUCCAACCACGAGAAGCCGUACGACUUGAACCACGACUUGAAGUUCCAGCGUCAGCUCAGACUCAUCCAAUUGAGCAACGCCCACCUGUCCAGCAUGGCGCACCCUGACUUCGACUCGCCUGCAUCCUUCGAGGAGUCGGACCUCGACUUAGAGGACGACUUGGAGGAUGAAGACGACCCGCUCUUUGAUCGGUCUUUUGAAGAGAUGGACCUCACCCCGCACUUUGACAUGGACUUUGAACUAGACGGCGACCUCGACUCCGACUACAACGUCAACUUCACGCCGAACGAGAGGUCCAGCUCCCCGUUGUCCGACAUCGACUCUUCGUUCCCGAACGACAGGUUCAAUGUCGCCAUCCCGAUCAUCGACGACGUGAAGACCGGUAUAUCCCAGGUGGACAAUAUCAUCGACCAGUUCAAGUUCGUGCCAAACUACGCCGACACCCACUCUGGCUCUGAGUCCAGCUCCAUCGACCACGUCUCCAACGACAAGACCUUCGAAGGCGGCAAUGCCGGCACUGAUAACAACAAUAACAACGCUCUUGCGAUGAGCAAUAAUGGUGAGCUCGUCUCUGCAGAUGCUCACAAAGACAGUUUUGCAAAUAAUAACGAAUUCAAUGAAAACAAUAACACUUCUAAUAACCACAACCAAACAAAUACCCCAAGUCUUUCUCUUAACCUCAAGCUAAGUAUUCCAACUUCUGCUGCUCCAACAAACGACUCAAACAUUCUUCUCUCACCAUCUUCUUCGUUCAACCUGCUGAAUUUGUCGGAUAGAGCUCCAAACUCCAGGAAGCAGCAGACUCCGACGUCAUUUUCAUCCUCCUCACUCUUUAAUUCUAGCGCAUCUGCAGCAUCCCACCCGCCCCCAAUUGUGUUGUCAGAGUUCCUCAACUUUGAGCUCCCACAACAGCAACUUUCUGCAUCUGUCUCUUCUUCAAACAACUCACUUACAUCAGCACCAACACCUGCAGCCGCAAAACUUUCAUUUGAGUACAGACACAACAACAGAAAAAUCAACUUGGCAUUGACCAAGGAGCCUGAACUGUACCGUAAUUGCAGACAACCAUACAAGAGUGCCCUCAACAGACUUGCACUCUGGUCUGGCAAAGCGCAAGAAAUGGUUCUCGACAGGUCCUUACCAAUGGAUGAGUUCAUCAUCUGAAUUCACUUACCGCUUCGUUCUAUUCUUUUUUCCUCUUUUACAUUAGAGUUCUUUGACAUUCCAACUGUCAUAGUCCUUUUGGCUGUGCGAUCUUAGGCCUACCGUGAUACUCUCCUUAAUUACUCCUGUCCUAUAACUCUUUCCAUACAUAUGUCUAUCUGUAUAGUCGUAUAUAUCUCGAUAUCAUUACUAUAUAUCUUAGUUAUUUCUUCUCAACUCAUCUUUCAC